CAGUACCUGGCUGAGAGUGAACGCAAGCUUCGUGGAGCUAUGGAAGCCUCCAUUGCAGCCGAAGAUGAGUUCGACAAGCUCAAGGCCACAGUCGGCAAGCAAGAGGCACCAGCUGAACCUGCAGCCGAGAAGCCAACUCUGGCAGCCCUCCUGGAGCAGUUCGAGCAUGAGCCUGACGACUUCCACAAGUGGUCCGAGCCCGACAAGGGGGUCUGGCGAGCAGCAAGGGCCAAGGGCGAGCGCAUGGCCCAGACGGUCAAGGAGCACGAGGAGGAGACGGCGAAGCACCUGCGACUUCUGGAGGAGGAGACGGCCAGGCACCAGGAGCAGCUGCGCCAGCUCGAGCAGGCAAGCGUGUCUGCGCCGCCAGCCCAGCCCCUCAGCGAGGCGCCACCACAUGCGCUGAGGCAGCAGGGUCAGCCGCCGCGGCUGCGCCCAACGGCGCCGCAGCAGCUGCCCAACCAGAAGCAGGCGCAGCAGAACAUGACAAAGCUGAAGAACGCCGAGCCAGAGUGGAGGCCCAUAUCCAGGAGGCGCGAGAGAAGGUCUCGCAGGCCAGGCGCGCCGAGACAGUCGUCGACGCAGAAGGGCAAGGUGACCACUCAGCAGGGUAGCCGCCCCAAGGCGAGCGCGAAGAAGGCUCGCCGCCCUUGCCACAUCGACUUCUUCAAUGUCACGACCUGGGGCCCCCAGGCACAGGGCUACCUCAUGGAGAUCAACGAUACCAAGGACAGGGACAUCAUUGGCAUCGCGGAGCACCACCUCCGCCAGCCUGCGCAGAUAAGCAAGGCAAGAGCGGCGCUCAGGAGGAAUGGCAUGCACAGCUACUGGACCAAGGCACGGCCAGGAGAAGGAGAAGGCACUCGAGGGGGAACGUGUUCCAUCACGCGAGGAUCCUUGGACAUCCAGGACGGGAUCGCGGGUUUCGACGAGCACUACCUGCACGAGGACGGCAGUGACGUCACGGUGGUGAUCUCCAACCUGCACAAGGUCCGUUUCGCAGUGGCCUUCGUCUACCUCGAGUGUGGGGCGGGCUCCGGAGAGAGGAACGUCGACACCCUCUGCGACCUGCGGGAGAAGAUGGCCGUCUGGGGAGGUGAAGCCAGGUGCAUCGAUUUCGCGCUGAUCUCGCAGGGCCUGGCGCCGUAUUUUGACCAGCUAGAGCUGCUCAGGACCGUGCCGUGGAAGCCGCACAUCGGCAUCCGCUUGAAGCUGAAGGGGUGGCCUCUCAUGCUCAAGGGCAGGGUACUUCGCAGGCCAGCAGCCAUAAAGCCACCAAUCGCAGGUGAGAGAAUGCCGAAGUCCAGAGCCGCCUGCAGACGAGCGGCGCGCGGGGGCCAGGAGGCCAUGCGUCGACGUCAGCAAGCGUUGGCAGAGGCCGGAUGCGACCUGGAUGGGAACGACAUGGAGCCAGUGCCGCAGCUGUACUACGACAAGGAGGUCCAGCACGUCAUCCCUGACGAGCUGUGGCAGGCCACCUCCGAGCGGGUCAGCUGGCGUGCCUACGACGAGUUGCCCCAGCACUUGCAGCACACUGUCGUCGGCAAAAUGAUGGAGCGGGACAUGCUGGACCUGGGGCAACAGUACGACCGCUUCGCAAGCACCCUCGAGCUCAGCCUGCGCGAGAGCAUCGGCAUCCCAGAGGAAGAGCGAGGGCGACAUCUCGGGCACAGCAGGCCCCCGAGCUACAAGAGCGUGAGCAUCAAGGACACCGCCACCUCCACGCCAUGGGCAGGGGUCGAAAGGAAGAUCCAUGCGUGGUGGGCGGAGAUCUCCUCCUUGGUGCGGCAGCUCUCGCACCAUGAUGCCCGGGCGCAGGAGGCAGCAGCAAGUCGACAGGGCAAGACCCAUGCACUUCCCGAUGAGGACUCGGGAGGAGGACAGGGCCCGUCGGAGUCGGAGCUUGGCCCCGUCAUGUCUGGCAUCCAGGUAGGCCACGAAGACGGGGUCCCCGCACCAGCCAUGAGCCCAUCGAAGAGCUCGGGAGGAAGCUCGGUGGAUCGCGCCCCCACCGAGCGGGGCGAGGGCCCCCCCGAGCUGCAGCAGCGGAGUGCAGGCAGUGGAGGCGCAGCAGGAGGCGGCGGCAGUAGCACCAAGGACAUCGCGAAUCAGCCAGCGCUUGAGGAGGUCUCCCCUCCACAGGCUGAGGUCCAGGAGCUCGCAGAGGGGCCAGCCCAAGAGAGCCCAGAACGACCCUGCCUCAGCCCAGCUUCGCCGCCAGAGGACGUGUCCUGGACCUCCGAGACGGGCACAGCUUUCCAAGAGAUGAGGGCGAGGCGGCCAGGCCCAGAGAAAGAGGUAGGCCCAUCCGCACACUCCUCGGGGUACCCAUUCCCCACGCAGGCGAGCGCAGCGGACCAUGGGAAGGCAGCUGGCCCCUGCUCUGAGAUGGGGCAGGGGUUCCCGUCCCCCGAGUGCGCCGCCGCGGGACGCGUCCCAGACCUCGACGUGGGACCAACCCACAGCAGCGCAGACAGCUGCCCCGAAGGGAUGCAGAGGGGUGCCCUUCCCCCACCAGCAGGACGCAACACCAUGGACAUCCAAGAUCACGACCCCUUCGAGGAUGAGGAGGACUAUUUGGAGUACCGCCAGGAGAUCGCAGACCAGGAGAACAGCGAUGGGUACCACCAGCACAUCGAGGGGCAGCAGGCCAGCCUCGAGUUCAGCCAGACCGUUCGCCGCCGUGCAGCUGGACCUGCUUUUCCCCCACCAGCAGGACGCAGCACCAUGGACGUCCAAGAACACGACCCCUUCGAGGAGGAGGAGGACUGCUUGCAGUACCGCCAGGUGACCGCAGAUCAGGAGGACCGCGAUGGGUACCACCAGCGCAUCGAGGGGCAGCAGGACAGCAUCGGCUACGGCCAGAUCGCGCGCCCAGAGGCAGAGGAGCAACGAGAUAUGGGCCUGCCCCCACCAGACCCCUGGAAUGAUGACCAGCACCAGCGGGAGCGGGAAGACUACGUGGCCAUGAGAGACGACCUGGAGUACUGGGCGGCCAUCUGGAUGGAUAACUUGGCGCAGCUCCCCACGGACAACAGCAACUGGAUGCAGAUCUGUGUGCCGUUCCUGGUCCGCACCCACAGUGGCCACCAGACGCAGCAGCAGAUCAACACAAGACGGCAGCUCGCGCAGCAGCUCAACCAGCCUGACCCAGGCAGGCUGAACGAAGAAGGCGCAGCCAAGGACCAGCAGCAGGCCCUCCUCACAGACCUGCACGCGAUAGCAGAGGGCGCCCUCGUGGACCCAGGGACAAUCAGCAGGGUAGCAGGGGAGGUAAAGAGCAUGGCGAAGCUACUCGCAAAGGCGGUGAAGAAGGCGUACAUCCACUGGGUGCACGACGCCACGGCAGGCAGUGCGAAGAUGGCCCACGCCUACUCCAAGGCAGCGGAGCGCAGCCACCUGGAGGACAUCCUAGAGCACGAGGGCCAGGUCAUCAACCACCCGCAGCAGCUGGUGGACUUGCGCAAAGAAGCAUGGCAACGCAGGUGGACACGAGAUGCACAGAAGGCUGAGAUGAUCCAAGAGGCGCUGGCCAAGCUGAGGCAGGCUGCCCUGGCCCAAGAGAAUGCCCUCGAGCCCAUCAGCAAGGACAUCAUAGGCUCCAUCAUCCAGCACCUGAAGCGCAAUGCUGGCCAAGGAGCGGACUGGUGGAGGGCUCCAGAGCUCAAGGCCAUGGGCGCCCAGGGGCUGGAAGACUUCGUGCAGUGCCUGACCAGCUGUGAGCAACGGGCAGCGUGGCCGUGGCAAUUCUACUUGGUGCUGGAGCUGCUGCUGGGUAAGAAGCCAGGAAUCGGCGGAGAGCGCCCCAUCGGCCUCAUGCCCAUGCCGUACCGCACCUGGAGCGCAGCCAGGAGGCCCAUAGUAGCCACCUGGAGCAAGGCAGCGGCGGGCUUCUGGGAUACGGCAGUAGCUGGCUCCUCAGCGCUACGAGUGGCAAUGCACAGGCUGAUGAGGGCAGAAGCCGCCACGGAGAUGGGCUUUCAUGCAGCAGGGGUGUUCUACGACGCGGCAAACUUCUACGACAACAUCGGCCUCGACCAGCUGAUCGAGAAGGCCAGCGCCCUCCAGUACCCGUUGCUGCCGCUGGCAAUGGCCGUGCAGAUGUACCUCGCUCCCAGGGCCAUCAUGACCCACAGCCUCUUCUCGGACAUCUUCGAGCCUGCCAACAGCAUGGUAGCGGGCUGUGGCCAAUCGGUAGACCUCACCAGACCGCUUUUGUAUGGCAUCCUGGAUGCAGCGCACAGGCACCACAUCUUCGUCGUCAUGCAGCAGUACCUGGACGAUUUGGCCCUGCAGGUAGAGGGUGCGCGGCGGCAGGUCAUUGGCCAGAUCAAGCACGUGGCAGCGCUGGUGCACGAUGGAUUCAAGCAGCUCGCGAUACCCAUCUCAGUCAAGACGGCAGUGGUGGCCUCGGACAAGGACCUCCAGGCAGAAGUCGCCAGCAUCCUGGACAGCCUGGGCACCCCCAACAAGCAACCAGGUGUAGUGCGCGACCUCGGCGUGGACACCAGCCUUGGCAAGCAGCUGCGGCGACCCACACAUGCUGCGCGCCAGGCCAAGGCCAAGCAGAGGGUGGCCAAGCUCAGGGACCUAGCGAAGACGGACGCCAGGGGCGCGGCAAAGGUCUAUUCAGCAGGUGCCUACUGCCAGCAGGCCUGGGACUUACCAGCGCACGGCAUCACGCCCACGGAGGCGAAGUCGGUCAGGGCUACGGAGGCAGCGCUCCUCACAGGCGGACACAAGGCUGGACGCUGCACGUCCACCAUCCUCCUGAUCCAGAGGGGAAUGCAAGAGGCAGUAACCCGAGCCAUCGGCGACCAGAUCAAGCAGUUCUGGCUCACCAUAGUCGACCACCCGACGGGGCUCAAGAGGUACCAGAGAGGCUGGCUCCUGCUCUACGCCAAGCUGGGCGCCCUGGAACCCAACCGCAGGUGGCAGCAGGCAGCCAUGCUGGAGACCAUAGCGGUGGCGGGCAUCUGGACCAGGGAGCGUCGCAGGGCGGCCAACCUCAACCAAGAAGGCGAUGACACUUGCGCGAGAUGCGGCGAGGCGAUAGAGACAGAGGAGCACCGCUACUACGCAUGCCCUGCCAACGCAGAGAUAGGGCACAGCAGUGACACCGACCUGGCGAAGAAGGCGAAGGACGCGCUGGACCAGCGGCAGGACCUGCAUUUCUGGCUCCGAGGCAUCCCGCCAGCGGCCUGGGCAGCCAAGGUCGACCCAGACGGGGACGCGGCGAAGGCGGCGCAGAUCUUCUGCACCAGCGAAGAGGCUCAGGCUGCAGCCCAGUCAGGGCACAAGGUUCGAGCAGACUAUGUCUUCACGGACGGCUCAGGAGGUGCAGGGGAAACGGCCAAGGACCCCCGCCUCAGACGCUGCGGCUGGGCAGUGGUGGCCUUCAGGUUCGACGAACAAGGACGUCCGCAGGAAGUGGCUGCCUGGUACGGCACGAUCAGGGCACCGCACACGGUGCCACGGGCAGAGCUCACCGCCAUGAGCAAAGCCAUCGGGUACACCACGGCGGCGACAGCCAGGGGGCUCAACAUAGUCAGCGAUUGCAAAUACGCCCUGGACGCACUCAAGCAGAUCCAGGACCCUGAGGAUCUGGACUACAGGAGCACGAACUACGACCUCUGGCUCCAGACGAAGCAGCAGCUGCAGAACAGCACGGACACCAUCAUGGGCCACCACAUCCCGAGCCACCUGAUUGAGCACCCAGCCGAGCUGGAGAGGUGGAAUGGACCCACCUGGUGGGUCAUAGGAAACGAGAUGGCAGACAAGUACGCAGGCCGGGGAGCGGAGCACGGAGCACUGGAUCCAGCCAUCAUCGCGCAGCAGCAGAUCAGGGACCAGAUCACCAUGGCGGUGCAAAACAGGCUGCUGGCCAUCAACAUGGCGGUGACGGUGGAGGACCCCAACAAGGACCAGCACGGCAACGUCAGGCUCGACUUCAAGGCGGUGCAGAUCGGCACGCAGGUGGUGCACGUCUCCCACAAGACGCAAUUCACCCAUGGCUGGCUCUGGUGCGAGAAAUGUGGCGGCACCAGCUACCUUGGGGACCACAAGAGCAGGAUCGCGGCAGGAGUGGCAAGGAAGCUGGCAAGGCCAUGUCAGCCCCCAACAGCAGCAGGGCGGCGGGUCUUGGAGGACAUGCAGAGGGGCAAGCUGCCAAGAGGAGCUAAGCCAGCAGCAGACCCAGCUGAUGAUGGUCUCGACGAGAUCACCAUGCCUGGAGAUUUCAAGCUCGGCCUGAGCAACCACGAGGAGAUCGACCUGGACGGGGACAGCUCAGAGGCAGGGGACCCGCAGCCAGCUCCACAGCAGCCACCCAGCCAUCCGCACUCUGUCGCCCACGCCAGCUGGAGGCUCGUGGACCACAUGGAGGGAUACGCGGAGCAGUGGAUGAACAUGGUCGACCAAGAGGUCUGGGACGAUAUGGACGACUGGAUGGAGCACUGCGUACCGUACCUCCUGGCCAUCACCAAUGUGGGUGGCGGAACGGACACGCAAGAGCAGACCAGGGCCGUCACCGUGCAGGAGCUCCAGCAGAUCAAGGACUUCUGCGAAGAAGUCUGGCGCAACACGCACCGCACGCGACGGAGGCUCAUGACCAGGAUGCUUACCCUCCCGUAUGGUACAAGGCAGCAGGCAGCAAGAGUGCACAUGGACGCCUUCCAGAACAGAAGGAACAACAUCCUAGCGCACAGCAUCCCCAGCAGCGAGCGCAGGCCGCUGCCGAGUACAGCGGAGGCCAGCCGAGAGUGGUCACCAGAGAACCUGGACGAUGAUGACUCGACCCCAGACAGUGAAGCCCCAGAGCUGGAGGGCGAGCCGAGCAGCCAGGAGAUGGAGACCAUGGCGGGACCUGAUCAGAGGCACGACGCCAACAGCCUGAUGCAGACGGCUGUGCAGGUGGCAGUAACGCUGACCAAGCCAGUGGGGCCCGACCUGAUGAAGUUCGUGAGCGAAGCCGACGAGGCCGGCCUGCUCCACCCAAGGCUUCGACACAACAAAGGAGAAGCUGACCAGGACCCCGAGCAGGAGGUGGCGUGGCUCGAGAGAAACAGGCUUGAGCAGCUCAUGCAGUCGCUGGCAGGCUGUUGGAGCCAGAAAGAGGGCGAGCAGGGCUGGCCAUCGUGGCAGGCCGCGUGCGUGCCCCAUGUGCUGAGGGCGCUGCAGACUGGCGUCUACCAGAGGCUUUUCAGCUACGUGUCAGGGCCGAGCCGCCAGCGCAGCCAGCGACGAGCGGCGGAGGAGAUCUGCCGCCUGGCAUGGCUCAACAGCGGAGAGGCGCGCAGGCAGAUCCAGCAGCAGGACCCGAAGGAGGCAGAGCGGCGCAGAGCAACGGCUGAGCAGUUCCUGGGCGUGACUGAGCCAGAGGUGAGGAGCCGCA